CUUCUGGCUUCAGUGUUCAUUUAGCGGUAGAGGGGGUAAAGCGACGCUGCGCGUUUACUGAUGGCUGACAGUGGGAUGACAGGCAGAGGGGUGAAGCGCAGUGUAAACGUCCUGCUGCAGUGUGAAUGGGGCUCCUGCAGCUAUGUGGCUUCUAAGAUGGAAGAAUUCUGCGCUCAUGUGUCUGAUCACCUGGGAGCUCAACAGCUGAGGACCGGCGAGGAGAACAUGGACUGUGAGGACGAGUUUUGUUGCCUGUGGCAAGACUGCGGCUUUUUCUCCCUGGACAGUCAGGAAGAGCUGUUCCGCCAUGCUUAUUUUCACUGCUACCACACGAAGUUGAAACAGCUGGGACUCCAGGCGUUACAGAGUCAGCCGGACCUCAUCCCAUGCCAGCUGGACACGCAGAGCCGAAACAUGAUCCCCGAACUCCUGGAAUGCUUCAUAUGUAUGUGGGACCAGUGUGAGAGCACGUUUGACAACGCUGAAUGGUACUACAGGCAUGUUGACUCUCACGGCCUGAGCACGGAAUAUGAAGUCGCUGGUAAAGAGAACCGCGUUUUGAUGUGCGGGUGGAAAGACUGUGACUGUUCCUGUAAAAGUCGAUGCAAGCUACGAGAGCACCUGCGAAGCCACACGCAAGAAAAAGUCGUGUCUUGUCCAAACUGUGGGGGCAUGUUUUCCAACAAUACUAAAUUCUAUGAUCACCUGAGACGGCAAACCUCUUUAGAUGAACAUAGGUUCCAGUGCACACAUUGCUCCAAGAGAUUUGCGACAGAACGCCUGCUGCGGGACCACAUGCGAAACCAUGUGAAUCAUUAUAAGUGCCCCUUGUGUGAUAUGACCUGUCCACUUCCUUCUACCUUACGGACCCAUAUCCGCUUCCGACACAGUGAUGAGCGCCCAUAUAAAUGUCAGCAUUGUGAGUACAGCUGCAAGAAUCUGGUUGAUCUUAGGAAACAUUUGGACACACAUAGCAAGUUGCCUGCCUAUUGUUGUGAAUAUGAAGACUGCAGCUUCAGCGCCCGCUCCCUCUGCUCCGUCAAAGCGCAUUACAGAAAAGUGCAUGAGGGGGAUUCAGCUCCCAGGUACAAAUGCCACGUUUGUGAGAAAUGCUUCACCCGAGGAAACAACCUGACUGUUCACUUGCGUAAGAAGCAUCAUUUCAAGUGGCCGUCUGGACACCCUCGAUUCAGGUAUAAGGAACAUGAUGACGGCUUUCUACGUUUGCAGCUGGUGAGAUAUGAAAGUGUAGAACUGACAGAACAUCUGAUGAAAGAACGGGAGAAGCAGGGAGUGCCCCUGGAUGAAGCCCCGACCUGUCUGGUGUUAGGCCAAGGAGCAAGCGCAGGAUCUGAAGGAGUAGAUUAUGAGAGGACUGGAGGAGAAAGGACUACAGAUUGCUGGCAGAAUGAUCAACUGCUCAGUAAAGACAUUGCCUCUGAACAAAGGAUAUAAGGAGGCCCGUAUCUGGGACUGUACGUUUUCUGUAGAGAUCCUAAACUGAGAGGGUUCAGCGCAUCACAUUCGUUACCUGCUCUUGCCUCAGUUUAGUAUCACAGACCGGAUACACAACUUCAUCUCCCUCGAGAACCCAGCAGGUGCACUUCAGUAACAUUUCACGAUGUUUGGGCCCGUUGUCUGUACUCGGCCCCCAGAUGGGGGGGUAAACUGCACAGAUGUUAAGUCCAAAGACUGAAAUGGUAAAUGUGGUCCACCAAUAACUGCAUCCUUAGAAGAAAAGAUGGCCACACACAUUCUGUAGCUGCUGGAUGAACACAGCUACUCCUGACCCCCUCAUACACCAAGGAUUAAUGUGUUCUGAAUAGGCAGAGGGAAAUAAGCCGCUGACACACUCACUGUCUACUUUGAGAUCUCCCAGAAGAUUGUGCAUGUUAACAGUAAAUAUGCCCAAUCCUUUUUUAUUUAUUUUUUAUUUUAUUUUUUUACCCCAAAGUAGGCCAAAUAUACAUCAGAUACUGGUAAUCUGCUCCUUCCAAAAUCAGUGGGUUCGGCUGACGUUAAUCUCGUAGAAGAUAUCAUCUAACUGCAUUUUCAGCCAAGUGAUUAAAAUCCAGACUGCUCUGAACCAUUUUCCAUUCACUGGGCCACUGCCGGUUCACUGACAUUUUCAGCCGGUUUGCUGUGUACAUGGCAGUUCAUUACACAGUUUAUUACAACCUUUGCAGCUAUAGAGCGGACGUUGGUCUAGGGGUACUUUCACACUAGCGUUGUUAGAAUCCAGCAGGCAGUUCCGAUCCGGAAAUCCGUAUGCA